CUCCCGUUUUCACGGCAACUUUCGUCGGUCUCGGGCAGUAAAGUAUCUGGCGGGAAUUCUUCAGCUCCGCCUUUCACCUUUCAAGUCCUCUGCGACCACUCGAAGCUGCUUUGAUGCAUUAAGCCGGAUCCCGCAAGCGCAAUGUCCGACGUGAAACCCGCUCCGACCCAGUGCGUUGGCCCCGACUACCGCUCGGAGAGCCAGAAACCCACGGCGGCGGUCUCGGCCGGGGUGGAAUUUGACACGGUCACCAUCCUCCCGCAGACCCCGCAGCUGAUUGCCCUGCUCUCGAUCAUCCGCAACAAGGACACACAGCGCGGGGACUUCAUCUUCUACUCCAACAGGAUCAUCCGCCUCCUGGUAGAGGAGGGCCUGAACCACCUCCCCACCAUCGAGCACACGGUCACGACACCAGUUGGGCGUACCUACGAUGGGCUGGCUUUUCAGGGCAAGAUCUGCGGUGUGUCCAUCAUGCGCGCAGGCGAGGCCAUGGAGCAGGGCCUGAGGGAGUGCUGCCGGUCGGUGAGGAUUGGCAAGAUUCUGAUCCAGAGGGACGAGGAGACGUCCCGGCCCAAGCUCUUCUAUGACAAGCUUCCGGAGGAUAUCGCCGACCGAUGGGUGCUUCUGCUCGACCCGAUGCUCGCUACCGGCGGCUCCGCUAUCAUGGCUGUCGACGUUCUCAAGGCACGCGGAGUGCCCGAGGAGCGAAUCUUCUUUCUGAACGUACUCGCAAGCCCACAGGGUAUCCAGAACUUUGCGACCAAAUUCCCCAAGGUUCGGCUGGUGACGGCUUUUGUUGAUCAGGGGCUCGACGAGAAGAAUUACAUUAUACCCGGUCUUGGGGAUUUCGGCGACAGGUACUAUACCCGGUGAAGAGUCGCUUCCCAACAAUCACGUACUCUUCCGCAUAAUUCCGGCGUAGCAUUACGUAUUCCACCUAGUAGCACGACUUUUCCAGAAUAUGCCUCCUCGUGACGUGUUGAUCGAUGUCGCCCGCGACCCGUUACAGGUUCCAGAACACCCUUCCCCGUCCCAACCCAGAGUUUUGAAGUAGUUGGAGUAAACGCCUGGCCUUUCGUAACCUAAAUCAAUCGUAGGGCUCAUCAUCCGGGACGAUGCCCUCGCCUUCAUAGCCAUCCAUGUCGUCCUCUUCAUUUAUCCCCCGGCUCGCCUCACCCGCACGCCUGCUGCUUAACUUGCCACCGUCUUGGCGCGCCUCCUCUGCAACAGCCUCUGC